ACCUUGCAGCGCUGUCGUCGUCUCGUCUACCUAAUCUUCUUCCCUCUCCCUCUCCCCCCCCAGCUGGCUGGAAUACUACUCCCUCAUUCGCUUUCUUUCUAAAAAAACUUCAUUCCUUCUCAUUCCCAGACUAGUCUUUUUCAAUUUCACUCCUUUCUCUUUCUGACCCGUCAUGGCUACUGCGGGAGUUUCGCAAGCCAGCUCCCCACGUUUACCCAGCCCGCCCCCGUUCACUGAGGUGCAGAUCGGGCCCAAAUCACCCUCGGUCGGCGAGUCUUUCGACUCCGAGACUGAGCAAUUGCUGGGCGCUUCGCAAACCGCCGAGGAUGGUUCAACUCGCCGCAUCCGCCCGGGCACUAGAGCCAUCGAUAUGGCCUUUGGUCCGCCGUUGAUUCCUCUUUCACAGCUCGACUCCCCCUUCCAACUUCAGGAACACCUCAAGGCCCUGUAUAACCACUUCACGCGACCCGAGGGCUCCGAUACCAUUAUUCCCAUCAGCCGCGAUGUUGCGAUCCAGCUGGCGGAGCCCCCGGAGGGCGUCGACCGCUCACUCUGGCUGUACGAACUCUGCCGCUUCCUGACGAUGAAAGUCAACAACCUCAUCGUCGCCUUCUUCGCCGACUCCCCCCCUUGCUCCGCGCAGACCUGCCCGGAAAUGCGGGCCUCCGAGUGGCAGUACCUCUGCGCCGUCCACGAUCCGCCCAAGGCCUGCUGCGCCAUCGACUACUGCUGCCACACCCUCGACUGGGCGACCAACAUCCUCACCUCGCCCAAAUACUUCCCCAGUCGCCUGACGCUGGGCGCGGAGGGCGGCGGCGGCGCCCAGGCGAGCAUGCGGCACCUGACGAACAUCUUCCGCCGGCUGUAUCGCAUCUUCGCGCAUGCGUGGUUUCAGCACCGGGAGGUGUUCUGGCAGGUCGAGGGUCACGAUGGACUCUAUAUCUUCUUCAAGACCGUCUGUGACAUGUACAGUCUGAUUCCAGAGGAUAAUUACACGGUGCCGGCCGAGGCGGAGGGGUUGGAUACUGUUCAGCAGCAGCAGCAGCCGGCGGCAGCGGCAGCGGCGGGGGCGACGACGGGGUUGGAGCAUGGGGAUGGACGGAGGGUGACGAUCUUGCGGAAGGAGAACGAGCCGUUCCCUGUCAGUAUGGAGCCCGUGUCGAUCAGCACGGGCGCCACCACGAGGCGCCACAAGGGUAGCUCGUCGAUCAGCUCCGGGGUGACGACCAUCAAUGAAAGCGCUGAGGAUGAUGAGCAGCCGAAGCAGCAGGCUGUGGCCGCCGCUACUGCUGCAGUGGCCGCCGCUGCCGCUGCUGCCGGUGGCCAGAGCAAGCCGCAAUCGGCACUGCAGGCUACUGAAGAGCCCAAGCAGGCUGCUGAGCAAACGUCACCCGGUAGCCCUGCAUCGCAGGUGACUGUUGCAGAGGUACACGCGGAGGAACCGGAGCCCGCACCACAAACCGAGACCGACACUGAGCCCGAGCCCGAGCCCGAGAGCAAGGCCGAGAAGAACGCUGAAGCUGCGGGGGAAGCCGCGGAGGAAGCUGCGGAGGAGGAGCAGCCGAAGGAGGCCGAAGCAGAGGCAAAGCAUGGCGCGGAAGAAGCUUCAACGGAGGAACACUCGACAGAGGAACCGACAGCAGCUGAAGAGUCAUCUACUGAGACCACGGAGGCUGAGCCGACGCAGAAGGAGUAAAGUACGGCAGCGCGCUUGUUUCCGAUUUUAUGUGAUGCCUUGUGUCUAUACCACGGUUUGUAAUUUGUGCCAUUUUGGAUCCGAGGGAGGUGGGAAAGCGAUGUAAUAUACGAAUUCGAGCAAGAAUUAAUGAUACCCUAAUGGUG